CUGACGCACGUGUCCUAACGAAAUGUCGCUCCCCACCAUAAUCCCACAAUUCUCAUUGAAAUAGGCUACUUUACUAGCUUUGUAGUUAAUUAAACAGGCACGCCACCUAUCCCUCCGCCGCACCUGUCGGUCUCCUUCCAUGACUGUCUUGGCACAAUUAACUGAAUCGGAACUGAAUCGGCGCAAAAACGAAACCAAAACAAUAAUCUGCCCUUGGUUUCGUUUUAAAAUAAUAGAAACCCUGGCUGCAGUGAGACGCAGUCUACGACAAUAGUUGUUGCUGAUGGAGUCUGACCAUGGAUGAGGAGGCUGACCCUGACAACCUAAAUGUGAACUCCGUCUUGGCUCAGGAAUCCUCAGAACUGUUCGAAGUCCUAAGCAGUCAGUCACCCGCAAUCCUAAUAAAGUUGUGCCAAAUAAUGCCUAGUGAUGCUCGUCGGAACAUCAACAUGGACCCUAGUAGCUGUUCUGCAGCAGCAGUAACCGAACAUAUCAAAGUCAUGUUGGAGUACUUCAGGGUGGCCAACCAUGCAGAUUGCUGCAACUUCCUUCAGAGCAUGUGUAUCUUAUGUGAGGGCAUCCCCAUGCGCCUGGAGUCGAGGCUUAUGUCAGUGGCUGGAUAUGCAAAUAAUGUUUCCGAAAAUUCCAGUCCCUGUGGAACAGAUGGGAAGUCAUCAUCACCGCCUUCAGAGCAGCAGCUCAUCAAACGGCCACGUAUUGAUCACUGGGCGCAGUACAUCGCUGCAGUGAUGCGUUUACUGCAGAGGAGGUGGGAGCGACUCAGUGAGCACCUGGUGAGGGAGGUCCAGCCUGAGAAUGUGUGGGUCAGACUAAGAACAGCGAACAGAGGCAGGGACAGACCUGAUCAAACCCCUGGAUCAGCAGACAAAGGGGGCAGAACACCAGAACCUGAUGGGGAUUAUGGGUACAUGGAUUCCAGAGUGACAUUGGAGACCUUCCUCCAGGGAUGUGCAGGGAAGGUGACAGUUCUCGUUGGCCAGGCUGGAUCAGGAAAAACUCUGCUGAUGUCUUGUUUAGGACAGCAGUGGGCACAUGGACUAGGUCCUAUCCCUUCAUCCUACCUGUUUGUCCUGCAAGAGUUUCGUCAGCUCAACGUACUGUCCCACCCUCUCUCCCUGUCUGAGCUGCUAUUCCGACACUACCUCCCUCUGGAAGGGGGCAACGACGAAAAGAGAGCCAUUGUGGAUUACCUACUUUCCAAUCCAGAGCAAAGCUGUUGGGUGCUGGAUGGCUAUGAAGAGUUUAACAGCAAACUCACCAGACAAGAGGUGCAGAGAGAGCUUUUUGACCCAGAACAGCCUCUGCCUGUUGCAGAUCUCAUCUCAGGGCUGUUAAAUCGCCAUCUUCUUCCAGGAUGUACUGUGGUGGUCACUUGUCGUGCACGCGAUGUCAUGGAUUUUGAAGGCAUAUCGGAUAAAGUUGGGCAGCUGCAAGGGUGGGACUGCCACGAGAUCAAGGAGUAUGUGGACAACUUCUUUCAAAUUAAAGGUCACAAAGCUGUUGGGGUGCAGGCAGCAGAUCUCCUUCUUGCCAGUCGACACCUACUUGCCAUGUCAUCCCUCCCUGCACUCUGCAACAUCUGCUGCAUCUGUCUGGAGCAUUUACUGAUGAACGGGGGAGACCCAAGAGGGAUGCAGAUACCAGAAGAAACAGGAACUGAGAGGAGGAGAAAAGCGAGAGAAAAAGAAGAAAAAGGAGUACAGAAUGCAGGAGGAGGAAGAGGAGAAGAGGGCAGUAUAGGAGGGAGUUAUGCACAAAGCAGAGAUCAAGGGGGAAGGAGAACGAGGUGUGAAGACAUAAUGAUGGGCGGCACAAAUGGUAGAGGCCAGAUACCUUCCAAACAAGUCCAGAUACCCUCCACCCUCACCCAGGUCUACCUCACUAUUCUUGAUGCCUUUCUGAGCCGUGACCCUAAUACAAGAGGAGGCAAUCCCGAGCCAAAGACCACACCACAUAGUUUUGUGUGUGAGUUGAGUCAGCUGGCCUGGAAAGGCUUAGAGGACAGCAGGAUCCUCUUCAUGGAAGAAGACAUCUCUCAGGAUGUUUUGGAGUUUUCAAUCAGGACAGGGCUCCUCGCACAGGUGGAGCUCAGACGUGAGGAUGGGAUUCUUGUCAACUCCUACCGCUUCAUUCAUCUGACAAUACAGGAGUUUUUGGCUGCCCUCAGAAUCAUGACCAGUACUGAUGUUAGUGACAUGCAGCUCAAGAAGAGAUUCAGUCUGAGAACUCGCUGGACGACCAAGUCAGACCACAAGACGGUCUUUACUGACUCUCUUCACCUGUAUGUAUGUGGUCUGGCUUCCCCCCGCUGCACUCGAGCCUUGGUUCAAUUAGCCAGGACCUCUGGUGGAACAGGAGGCCAAAGUUGGGUCCAAAAUCGACAAACCCUCGUUCUGAAAUUACUAAAAAACUUUUGUCAGAGCAACACCCUAACUGGACCAAAGAUAUUGGAUCUUUGCCACUGUGUCCAGGAGAGCCAGGACAACCAACUAGCUAAGCAGGUCGUGGAUACGAGACCCACCCUGGAGCUGCGCAACAUCACGCUAUUACCUAAUGAUAUUGAUGCUCUGGCUUUUGUAGUUAACUCAGUAGGUGAUAAUGGCAUUGGAUUGGACUUUGGAGCAUGUUCAAUGGAGUUGGAGUGUUUAGAUGUCCUGCCCAGUUGUCAGUUCAUUCACUACCUCAGUUUUCGCAGCCGCAAGUAUGGCGACAAGUUUGCUGAGAAGUUGUCCUCCAUUCUGCCAAAAUUCACAACGCUGAAAAAACUAGAGUUUUGUGGCGCCAGUCUGACUACCACGGGAGCAGCUAGUUUGGCCUCCGCUCUACAGAACUGUCCAAACAUCACAGAAAUCAAUCUGAGUGACAACAAUCUGAAAGACGGAGGAAUCAAACACAUAGCUGAUACUUUUACCAAACAACCAAGACUGGUCCUGGUAAGGCUGGGUCAAAACAACAGCUCUCUAGAAGCAGUGGACUAUCUCAUUGGGAAAAUGUCUUCAUGUUUGAACAUCCAGCACCUUAAUGCAGAUGGGAAGAAGGAGUUGACCGUAACUUUCUUCCAAAACUCUGAUUUGAACAGCCAUAUAACUAAAUCUGAACCAACAAUCAGCUUGUUGAACCACACAUGGAGCAAGCCUAAGAUGCAAAAACUUGCAAAGUCACUGGCAAGUUGCCCCGCCUUGUCAGUCCUGGAUCUGUCCAGUAACUGUUUAGGCAACAAAGGAUUGAAGAAACUGUUGGACAUCCUGCCUUGUCUUAGUAACAUCCAGGAAGUAAACGCCAGUAACAAUGGCAUUGGCAUGGAAGGAGCGGUAAUGCUGGCUGGUGCAUUGUGUUCCCAUAACAACUUAACACAAAUCCACAUCAGCCAUGGAGAAAGAGAGCAGGUGAUUCUGAAGUUCGGCCCUGACGAAAGGGAUGACAAACAGCAGCUAAAAAUGUUCAGGAUGAACAACAGCAGCCUCACGCCAUCGGACACAACCCAAAUCUGUGGACAACUAGUCCAGUGUCGCUCCCAAUUUGAGUUAGAUUUGUCUCACAGCUCAUUGCCAGACGAGGCUAUUGAGAAUCUGGUGAAGGUCCUGCCGAAGAUGGCAUCACUGCAGAGACUCAAUGUCAGCCACAGCAUUACAUCCACAGCUGGAGCCCUGAUGUUGGUCAGAUGUUUGACUGUCAGUCAGCGAGUCACAUCAGUGGAGAUCACGCCUCAGAUAGAAUCCUUCAUUCAUUUUGACAGUGUGAAAACCGAUCAAGCCAGAUGCAGGUUAACUCAUUGUAGCCUGAACGGUGAAAGCUUGGAAAGGCUGCUCGAGAUCCUACAGCAGUGUCCCCAACUGUCUGACCUGAAUUUAUCAAGCAAUCAGCUGGAAGAUGAAGGAGUGAAGCGUUUUCUGGAUUCUCUACAAAAGCUCAAAAUCACCAACUAUGUGAAUUUGAGCAACAACGGUCUGAGCCAGCAGGGGCUGUUGGAUGUGGCCAGCACACUGUGCACCUGUAACAACGUCUCCGGUGUCGAAGUCAGUUUGGGAGCAGAGGAGAGGUGUCUCAUCUGGUUUACACAAUGUGAAGGUUGUGUAAACAUGCUGAGUGUCAGCGAGAGCAGUUUGGAACAUGACCAUCUGGUCAGACUAGCAGAGAUCAUGUCUACCUGUCCCAGUCUGACCAAACUGGAAUUCAAGAACAAUUUGCUGCAGUCGGAUUGGAUUGAAGGCUUUGUGAAACUGUUAAACAGCAGUCAGAGGGGACUCAGUGUCAGUAUUGAGGAAGAUUGGAUCAGAUCUGAGAAAGCUGUUAGUUUGGUGUGUCGCUGUCUGGACCUCAGCAGCAACAUACACACUAUCAGGGUUCACCACAACACUCUACACCUGUCUUUGAUGAAGUCCACUGAACUGACCUCAGUCAGCCUUGUGGACUGUGCAGUAGAGGGGUACCAGCUUGCAUCUAUGAAGAGCAUCAUCUCGAGGUCUCCUUUACUGACAGAGCUGGACUUUUCCCACAACAGCCUGGGUGUAGAGGGAGCCGAGUUCCUCUGUUCUGUCCUGCCCUCGCUGCCAAAUCUCACUUGUCUCAGUAUUGGUUCCAAAGAGGCUUGUGUGACGGUGGUUGAGAAGCUCUCAGAGGCCUUGCUGCAGGCUGCAGGCAUUCAGUGCUUAAAUCUAUCGGGUCAUGUGAUUAGUGACACAGCAGCCCAGAUUAUGACCCAAAUAUGGCCCCAACUAAAAUCACUCAAUCUGUCUCAUUGUGAGUGGUCAGCUGCUGCAGGGAUGCAGCUCGUCACAGCACUGCAAGGGUGUGUCAGUCUGGAAGGCCUUUGUCUGGACUCCCUACAGCUGAACGCAGAGAGCAGUGUGUGCCUGGGACAAUCACUAAGGAAUAUCAACUCUUUACGCAGUCUCAAGCUAAAUAAGAUUUUUACAGCGAUGGGCCCGUCAGAAGCAAACAGUGUGCUAGAUCUCCUAGCUGCUAUGGAGGGACUCACACGAAUGGAGGAGAUCGAGCUGGAGAGCUGGAGGAUGGGUGAUAGUGGAAUAGAGCAGCUGACCAGACUCCUUCCUAUGUGGACGGAACUCAGGAAGAUCAGUCUAUCAAAGAACCUUAUCAGUGACCAAUCAGGAGACAAGCUACUUGAGGCUUUGAAGAGCUGUAGUCACCUGGAAGAGCUCCGUCUGUCCAGUAACGUUCUCGGGGAUCUCACUGCUGCCAGGAUGGCCCUGGUUCUACCAUCACUGACGCACAUCGCUGUGUUGGAUAUUUCAGUGAACAGGAUUGGAUAUGAAGGGUCCGUGAGUCUGUCCAAAGCAAUAACUUGCAUGAAGAACCUCACCAAGAUUCAUCUGACCUCUAUUGGGACUUCAGAGCUGUGUGCUGUAGCUGCCAGUCUGGCCCACUGUCCCCUCAUACAGGAUGUGGGUCUGGGAUGGAAUAAUUGUGGUGAUAACGUGGCAGCAGAGCUAGCCAGAGUUAUGCCUCUCUGUCAGAAGCUGAACAGAAUAGAUCUGGAGUCAAACACUGUGAGUGUUUUUGGAGCGGAGGCCCUGGUUAGAGCCUUACAGUUGUGUCCUGCUCUGCAGCUCAUCAGGCUGUGGAGGAACAAAGUCUCCAACAGUGAGGCCCAGAGGCUCAGUCUGAGGGACAGGAGGCUGAAUUUCUCAUCCAUCUAAAUCCAUCAUUCCAGUUCAUCAGAAUCUGCUACAGCUCUACAGAGAUCAACCACUGCUUCAGCCAGUGUUGGAAAUUAAGGGGAGCAAAGGGCAAAAAUGUCCCAAGAAAUCUUAGAAUACCUCAGAAGAAUUACUGUUUUUUUUCAAACUCUCCCCAAAUUGUUUAGAGAGGCAAAAGUUGCUCCAGUAGGAUCUCCAUGUAACAACAAGAGCCUCUCUAGGGAACAAUGUGAUUAAGUACAGCUGUACUGUUGAAUGUCUUUAAAGUGGCUAUAUGUAACUUUCAGUUUGUGUUGAUUCUAGUCUAUAUAUAUAUAUAGUCACUUUAAGGUAUUAUUUUUUUUUAAAGAAAUGUAUGACUAUGCACUUAUUGGCCUCUAGUUUCACAAUGGUAAACUGGCAUAAACAGCUGACAGUGGGGCGGUGACACAAAAUGUCAUAAACUCACUGAGGAUGACUCAAAAGAUGAAGUGGGAUAAGCACAAGAUGUAGAGUAUAAAUACGAUACGCACAACAGAGAAACACAGAAAUUUACAUUGGGAAUAUUAAAAAAUGAAUGAAAUAAGCAUAAAAAAUGAUCUUACAGCAAAUAAUUUAAUCAAUAAAGUAAAAUUGUGAGUCAGUAAACCUAAAGGUCCCAAUAGGUAUAUUAUAAGAAUGUUAUACAGGCCUUACAUUGAUAGAAAUAAGUGAACUAGUGCUCCAGAAAAUUUACUUUUUCGUUUGUUUAAUUGAUAUAGCACUUGUUAAUAGUGUUUCCCAGCAGCGCAUUGCUUUGCUUCUACACAAAAAAUGGCUUCAAGUUUAUUUGUAUGCAGUGUUUCCUUUAGGAUUUUUUUAGCAGUGGGGGCAGGUCUGUCCAAACAACAUUUUUUUGGAUCAGCUCCAACUUUUUCGGUCUCGUUACUACCGGCUCUGCACAUACAGUACUGUCACUGCUCGCUCUGCUAUCCCACACCGCCGUGAACCUAGAGGCCAAGAGGUAAAACAUUCUUUGGUUUCCAGUAAGUUUCAUGUGAGAAAAUACUUACUAUAUUUAGAGUCACUUUGCACUGUAAUGUGUUUACAAUAAUUAGAGACCACAUUAGUGAAAACACAAUAAAUCAUAAUCUGACAGUAAAGGAAGAGUUGAAAAUGAGGGACCCCCCCUCUCUGUUAUCUGCUCUUAUGGUCAUUAUAGGUUGUGGUCUCUAUCCAAUUUGCAUAUUGAUUUCUGCUGUAUUCAUGGAAAGCUAUUUAGUGUGAAUUAUACUAUUUAUAUUGAACAAGAAGUGUGAAGCACCUUACAAUUUGAGAAUAACUGAUUCUAGUCUCUUUGUGUGCUGAUAAUGCUACAAUGAUGCUCUCAUUGUGAGACAAAAUCACCAUAUUUCCUCUCCCAUUACUUUACGUGUUGUUAUCUAGUUUUAUCUUUUUAUUCAGUUUCAUUAUGAUUUUUUAAAAAUUUUUAUUUAAACUUUAUUUAAAGGUUGUCUACAAAGACACUGGGUUUUAAUGAGCACACACAGGGAUGCCAUGUGGUACUGUAGCUCAUCUGUUAGAAGGGUUUUUUUCCUUCUAAAGGUUUGACUCCUUUUAUUCUUGCACUGACUUGCUCUAAGAUGUCACUUGAGAUUAAAAAAGAAAAAAGCCUUGA